CACCGCUGCUAUUUUCUCCCCUCAGUCCCUCUCACUCUCAGCCUACAAGCUCCAGCGGACUGACGCGGGGCUGUGGAGAGACACAAGCGAACAAUAAGACACAAAAACAAGAGGCCAAAAACAGGAAAAAAAUGGCAGAGCUCGGAGCGGGAAGCCUGCCGUUAGGGGAUCCUGCCUUUAACUACCAGGAGCAGGAGCUGAGCGAGCGGCUGAAGCGGCUCUACCCGGCUGUAAACGAGGAAGAGACCCCUUUACCCCGGUCCUGGAGCCCCAAGGAUAAAUACAGCUACAUUGGGCUGUCACAGAACAACCUGCGGGUCCAUUACAAAGGCCAUGGAAAGAACCACAAGGACGCAGCAUCAGUGCGAGCCACACACCCAAUCCCCGCUGCCUGUGGGAUUUACUACUUUGAAGUCAAGAUUGUCAGCAAAGGUCGAGACGGGUACAUGGGCAUCGGCCUGUCUGCACAGGGAGUCAACAUGAACAGACUGCCUGGAUGGGACAAACACUCAUACGGUUACCACGGAGACGACGGCCACUCCUUCUGCUCCUCCGGAACCGGCCAACCGUACGGGCCGACGUUCACCACGGGCGACGUGAUUGGCUGCUGCGUCAACCUCAUCAACAACACUUGCUUUUACACCAAAAAUGGCAUCAGUUUAGGUGUAGCCUUCACAGACCUCCCUCCCAACCUUUACCCCACGGUGGGGCUCCAGACCCCCGGCGAGAUCGUAGACGCCAACUUCGGCCAGCAGCCGUUCGUUUUCGACAUCGAGGACUACAUGAGCGAGUGGCGGGCCAAGAUCCACGGCAUGAUCGCUCGCUUCCCCAUCGGCGAGAGGCUGGGCGAGUGGCAGGCCGUCCUGCAGAAUAUGGUGUCCAGCUACCUGGUGCAUCAUGGGUACUGUGCCACUGCGACAGCCUUUGCCAGAGCCACAGAGACCAUGAUUCAGGAGGACCAGACAUCUAUAAAGAACAGACAGAGAAUACAGAAGCUGGUGUUGGCAGGACGGGUGGGCGAAGCCAUAGAAGCCACUCAGCAGCUUUACCCCGGCCUGUUAGAACGCAACCCCAACCUACUAUUCAUGUUGAAGUGUCGUCAGUUCGUGGAGAUGGUGAACGGUACCGACAGCGAGGUUCGCUGCUUGACCAUUCGCUCCCCAAAGUCCCAGGACAGUUACCCCGGAUCGCCCAGCCUCAGCCCCCGCCACGGAGCCAGCAACACACACCUGCACACCGGAGGAGCAGACAGCCCCACCUGCAGUAACGGGGUGACUCCCCCCAACAAGUCAAAGAGCCAUGGCGGCGUCGGUGGCGGCGGCGGCAGCAGCAGCGUCAAAUACCCCAGCGCGUCCUCCUCCGCCUCCUCCUCCACCUCCUCCUCACCCUCCUCCAUCAACUACUCCGAGUCCAACUCCUCCGACUCCACCAAGAGCCAGCCGCACAGCGCCAACAGCACCCAGGAGACCAGUGACAGCGAGAUGGAAAUCGAAGCAGAGCACUACACCAACGGAGUCGUCGAGGGAUCCUCAGCGCGGAUCAUGAACGGGACGUACAAACACGAAGAGAUCCUCCAGCCGGACGACAACAGCAUCGGCAACGGAGUCACAGAUGAGGGCUGCAGUAACGGCAGACAGCUCUGUGGAGGGAACCAGGCGGCCACCGAGAGGAUGAUCCAGUUUGGACGGGAGCUGCAGGCGCUCAACGAACAGCUGUGCCGCGAGUACGGCAAGAACGCCACGCACAAGAAGAUGUUACAGGAUGCAUUCAGCCUGCUAGCGUACUCAGACCCCUGGAACUGCCCCGUGGGCCAACAGUUAGACCCCACGCAGAGGGAAUCGCUCUGCUCCGCACUCAACAGCGCCAUACUGGAGUCCCAAAAUCUGCCUAAACAGCCUCCGCUGAUGUUAGCGCUCGGCCAGGCCACAGAGUGUGUUCAGCUCAUGGCCCGAGUCCGGUCCGGUUCCUGCUCCUUCGCCAGAGUAGACAACUUUUUGCACUAGCCCAGGUCCAGGUUAAACGUCAAGUAGCACUGACAGAAGGCGUGUCCGGCAGGUGGUUGUCGCGGCGACAGGGGGAAAAGAGCAUGCGUGUGAUUGGUGCGUUUGGCUGUCCGUCAAGACCUGAAGCCGGCGACGCAGACGAGAGGAGAAGCGUGAGAGGAGAAAGCUUCCUUUUUAAUUUUAGUAUUAUCAAAUAAAGAAAAUGUGUGACACUA